AUGCCGCAAUUCAUUCCGUCAUCCAUUCUCCCACAGUGGCCCUCCAGCCAGAUUCCUUCACGAGAUGCGAAGAACAUCGAUGCUUUAGUUCAGAAACUCCCCGCCUCAACCAUGGUAUUACACGAUUAUGCUGCGGAAGUCCUGAUAGGGAGGGAAGACCCCGCUGACAGUUUGACCGUAGCCGCAGAAAUGACACGCCACAAUGCAAAUGGAUUGGCGCUUUAUGUGAACGUCUGCUUUCCGCCUGCCAGGAACGAAGGAUUAUUCUAUACAUAUAAUCAUGAAUUUCCGAAGGAUGCAGCACCAUCCCUACGAUUCAUGCGAGCGUACACAUUCCUUGUGUCCAGCGUGAGGAUGUAUACGAGUUGA